UCCGUAAAUCAGGUGAAGGAAUUCACUUAGCAAACACUUUUGUAUAAAUACAAAAUAAUACAUUGUGGCAUAAUGACGGACUUUAGCAUUGCGAAGUUUAACAACUACCAGGAGUAUUUGCAUUCCUUUACCACCGUCGAGGACUUUCGCUAUUUGCCCUUUCAUAAAACAGUCACCACUCUCUCGAAACUUGGCUAUCGAGAGCAUCGUACUUUUUAUGAAGAGGACGAGUUCUUGAAUGUAAAAAAGCAGUUGGAACAGCUGCUGAACCCUACAGUUUCGUCUCAGAUUUACUAUAGUCGGUAUCUCAAGGGAACUGAUCCUGCUCUUGUGGCUUUGGCCAAACGAGAACACAUCAAUGUGCAGCAGGAGAUAUCGACCAUUAUCUUUCUGGAAAUAAGUGGCAGAAGCGGUUUCUCCAAGUCGGGUUACAUUGACUUCGAGGCAAGUCUGCGCAACUGUAGAUUCAAAGGACCAAAUGCAGUUGACUGGCGAGCAGUUUUUGAGGAGCGAAAGAUGCUGCAACCUCAGCCGAGCGACAUUGUCUUCUACGACUGGAGAACCAGGAAAAUCUUUGCGAAUGACAAUGAUAAUUAUACCGUUGUGGCUCAUCCGGAGCACGGUCUUAUGUUCACUCACAAGGGAGAUCACAAGAACAUCCCGGUCACCACCAAAAAGAAUCCUUUCUCUUCCAACGUAAGGCGUUCGAUGAUCAAGUCUGAUCUAUAUGGCUUUAUAAUACUAUAUGAUCAUCAUGUACGAAAGAAGACUUAAGCGGCAGUCUUGGUGCCUCAAAAUUCCUGCAGAGCAUGGUAAAUAUUUAUUUAAUGCUCCGGAGUGGACAGCCGAUAGCCAGACAUGCAAACCGGGGUGGUUGGAAACACAACUUGUUUGCUUUUUGGAGCUGGGGGUUGGUCUUCGGUUCUUCGAGACUGUCCCAUUGUUUCGGACUUGGCAACUUUGUUGCUGCCUUUGCUGCUUAGUUAAUUUCUGGUCAUCAACUGCAGAGCGGCUUUUGUUUGGCACCCAGACAAUAGAAAGCAGAGGAAAAAUACUACAAAAUCCACUGA